AUGGAAUUGCUGAAUUUAGAAGACGGCAUUUCAAUGGAAACAAAUAAUCGGUUAUGCGUGAGAAGAAUCAAUAACGAAGAAACGAAAAUGAAUGAAACGAAUGCAGAACGUUCGUUCGAAGAAGCGAACGAUUACUCAGAUGAAGUCGAUGAAACGAUAUCAAAAAAUGAAAUUAUUAAUCUUCAAGCAAAAGCUGCUGAAUACGUUCGAUUGAAAAAAUGGGAUGAUGCCGAAGAAAUGUAUGCAAAAGCAAUUGAGAUUUGCCCUGACGUGUAUGCAACAAAAAAGCAGGAUCUUUAUGAUCAACAUAUUGAAUGUUCUAUGAAUUUAUCACUUUGGGAAGAAGCUAUAAGUGAUUGCGUAAAAUUGCUUCAAUUUAAUGCAUCCAAUGAAACAGUGCAAAAGCGCUGUGCUAUGUGCUAUGUGAAUCUAAUGAAAAGUGCUAUUGAAUCAUUCGAAAAUUGUCGUUUGAGUGCGUUGAACAAUCCGAUACAAUUUUUCACAAAAGAAUUCCAUAAUAUAAGAGAUAUUCCAAAUGAAUCGUACCAAUAUGAGAUGAAAAGAUUUGGCUUGAAAGACAGUGUGGUUUCUGAGGAAUUACGAAAAUUGGGCAACGAAUAUUAUGUAAGUGGAAACUUCACGAAGGCCUUGAGAGUAUAUUUUGAGGCUUUCGAUACGGCUGUACAAUCUGAUCUGACCUACUUUUUGGCCAUGAAAAAUAUUGCAACAGUUCUCAUGAAAAUUGGAUAUCCUAAGGAGGCUCUCAAGCAUUUCGAUCGUCUUGAACGCAGUGCCGAAAAGAAUUCUUCUGAUAAACUGAAUGCUGUUUUGUUUAGCAAAAAGAUGAAAGAAUGUCUGCGUUUACCCCAAACAGAAUUCUACAAAACACCCGAACAGAAACUUUAUAAAGGAGCAAACAAGACGUGCGAACAAAUAUCAAGUGCUGUUCGUAUACAAUACGAUGAAGUAAGGGGACGUCAUUUGGUGGUUUUUUCAAUCUUCUUAGCUGUACGAAUUGUCCGUACGGUUUUUUUAUUAAUUUAUUCACAGGCAGCAGAAAAUAUUCCAGAAGGAAUGGUUGUCAUCAAAGAAGUACCUCUGGUUAUGGCCGCAUCAAACUGUGUUACUAGAUGCGAGAAUUGUAACGCACGUUUCUGUGAUGAGAAAUGUCUUGAAGAGGGUGCAUCCAUGCACUCAUUGGAUCAUCAUUAUGGUGGUGAGAAUGGGUUGAAAAGCAUUGGUAUGUGCGAACUUAUUGCAAAAGCAAUUAACGAGUAUUCUUACGAUGAACUGAAACGUUUCAUUGAGAUUCAUAGAACCGAGAGGUUCUUUGGGCACAUAUUCAAUGUGUGCGUUUGUUGCAAUAACGAGAGUUAUAUUGGAGAGGUACCGAAUCGAAAAGAUGUUCGUUCAUUAAAUGGCAAUUCAUUUGAGGCGAUCAUGUUACUGAAGGCAUAUUCAUUCGAUGAUUCCAGCAAUAAUAUCGUGAUAAAUCAAUUCGUUGAUGAUGUCUGCAAAUUACUGAAAUCUAAGUUCUCAGAUCUCACCUCAGUUGAAUGUCGUCGAUUUAUUGGUGAUGUUACCCGUGAGCUUAUGAAACGAAUCCCAUUAAAUGCGAAUGCUAUACAUCAGAAUCCGAAGUUACUAUCAAGAUGUCCAAAUGACUUGUACGAAACAUUGCUCAGUGUUGCUCUGCUGCCGAUUGCAUCAACUGUGAACCACAGUUGCGCUCCGAAUUUAUAUCAUAGUUGUUCGGGAACGGAUGAGUGUUGUUUCAUACUGCGAACUGUGCGAGAAAUAAGGGCCGGAGAGGAGCUGUUGUGCAGUUAUGGACCUCUUGCCGGAUGUCACACAUAUGAACAAAGAAGAAAGUUAUUAUUGGAACAGUACGAUUUCGUUUGUGAAUGUGAAGUGUGUCGUCAUGAGGGCGAUCAUCAACUCGAUAAAGUGAUCAUCGGUCGUUUCUGUGUGCGAUGUAAACGUAUGAAUUCAACAAAAAGUUUAUGUGGUACGAAACAUUUGGAAGAGAUGAAAAAAUGUGCUUUUGAAGCCCGUCAACUCUUCCGUACACUCUACGGAAAGGGAAACUUGCGUGAUUUGGAGAUAGAUUUUAUGCUCAGCGCAGCUCGUCGCGCAAUAACAGAGAAGUGA